AUGACUGAUAUCAACGAUGGCCACUCUCGCGCGUCGCACUCGGUUCCCUCUCCUCCCUCCAGUCAGGCUCACGGACUUUUUCCCUCGCCCAGCUAUUCCGACUCGACUCUCGCCUCAGGCGUAGACUCUCAUCUCUGCACGCCAGAGAAUGGACUGACAAGCCUUCCUCUCCAAGCUCGAAAACAGUCGGCUGACAACACCUCGGCGCGCUUCCUUGGCGGUAAUUUGCACUUUGACGAGAACGACAUUUUUCUCUCUUCUUCUUUGGAGCUGGAGCAAAGACCGCAUUCGGCCAACGGUGCUCCACACUCGAGCCUUGCUGCCGCGCUUGAAUUCGGAAUGGGCACUCCAGGCAGCUCGCCGACCAAGGCGUUGGGCAAACGCUCCCUGCACGUCCGCAAUGACUCGACCUCGCGUCGCCAUAGCAUUCAGGCACUUCUGCCAGCAAGUGCGACGGAACUUUGUUCAGCAUCGGACGUCAACACAGCCGUCAAGGAGGAGGCUCAAGAUGGAGGAGCCGCUCACUGUUCGAACGCAGACGUGUUCGAAUUCUCAACCCUGGGCGGCAGCACGGGCGCAGACUUUCUACUGUCCCCACCUCGUCUCACCGUCAGUCUGUCCUCACAAGGCGCCACCCAGAGCAGCAACCAGGGCCAAGAAAGCGAAGACUCCAAGCGACGUCGGACGACACCUCUGCCUCACCAGACACCGCAACGGAGUGCUUCGUACUCGCUUGGUCAACACGGAGCCGUGCAACAGACUCCGCCAAACUCUUGGACCACGAUGCAAAGCAACGCUGCUCGCGUAGCGAGCUCAGCAGCAUCGAGCUGCCUGACCCAGACGCCGUACUCAUCGGCGUCCUCUGCAACGGUCCCUGACAGCGUGUCGAGCAACGGCAGUGCCGCUAGCCGACAACGCCGCCGAUCAAUCGCUGGGGAUAUGACGAGCGAGAUCGCCGGUCUUACGGCGGGUCUCACCGUGCCAUUCAUUCAAGACAUCGACCUUCAUGCUGCAGGCAUGCCAAAGCCUCCCCGCUCAGCACCGCCCAUCUCGCCGGAAAACGCAAUGCAACAGGCACAAGAGCAAGCCAUGAGCGCGAACAAGGUCACUGAGCUCAAGAUUAACAAGCAAGCUGAAGUAUGGCCCGAUGAUGUCGAGGUCGCUUUCUGGGAGGCUCUUCGACUUAUUCCGAAGCUUGGUCGGCGCAAAGUCCUGGUCCACGGCAAACCUUGCGGGCGCAAUGAGCUCAUUGCAGACUACAUUGAGCGCAAGACGAACAAGAGUCGCUCGCGCAAGCAGGUGUCAAGCCACAUUCAGGUCCUCAAGAACAUAAAAAAGGUACGUGCUCGAUGACGUUACACUACCAUCACCGUAUGAGCUCAUCGACUUUGACGACUGCCACAGGGUGAUCCCGAGUUCCAGCAGCUCAUCGCUGAACCAGUCACCGAAGAAGACUUCUACAUCCCAGCCGGCGGAAUGAUGUACGCCCAGACUCUUGCCAGCUACGGCUACGGCGGACUUGGUGGACCCAAUCCAAUGUUUGGAGACGCAACCUCUGGUCUGCUCUCGCCAUACACUCCAAGCGCUGCCCUGUCCAACAUGAGCUUGGCCAGUCCGCACACUCCCUCGCCUGCUCUUUCCUCGGUCGGUCUGCCCUACCUGAACAGUCAGCCCGGCACGCCGGGCGGCUUGACCACGGCUCUCAAUGGUCUGCAGUUCUCGAGCCCACAGGACCCCAAGGCAGCGGCGUCAGUGUCCUGCCCCAUCCUACCCGCAAGCUUCUCCAUGUGGGUUCACUGCUCUGCUAGCGAGGACAAGCACGUCUACACUUCAUUGGAUCGGCAGGCGAUGAUGUCGAUCUCUCAGCACAAUGCGCAGCUACCUCGACUGCCCUUGGACUCUGUGCGCAUUGGCGCUUACCGUUUCCCUCGCUUGGCAGAGAUGUACCACCGCCUGCCGUGCCAAUUCUUGUAUGUGCACGUGCCAAUGUCCAUUCCUCGUGCGGACGUCUUGCUCCCUCGCUACGACCACUUCAGUACUCAGCUCAGUCUAACGAGCCUUCAAAGCUCUCGACUCACUAGUGUUACUACGGUCUAUUCCCACGGCAAACGGGUACUCUCGCUGGUCGAGCCUUUAGAUGCCCCACGCCGCGUAUCAGGCAAGCCUUCGGCUAGCGGCAACGGUACUGCGGACAGUGGACACGCUGAUUCCCAAAACACCGAUAGCAGCGUCGACUCGUCCCCGGUCACACCCUCCGACGGAGUCUCUCUCAACGCUUCUGAGAAUCGCCAUCGUUUUUGGCAUCAAGCACCCUUCGCGACAGACUUCUGGGCAGACUUCCUUAGCCGCAAUCACCCCGUAAACGUCUACUCUCAGCGUGAUGCCAAUCAGUCUUUCGGCAAAGAGCCCAGCGAAAGAGCAGCUCUAGGCAUGGCAGUUUCUGGUGUCACCAUCAUUCAAGAAUUCGUCAUUGCGACGGACGACAAUGCUCAUCGCCAAGCUGGUGCCACGACUGAUUUCAGCAGCGACAACUCCUUUGUAUCCACUACGGAUGCUUCGAUGGCUGCCAGCAUUGGGGGUCCAAGCUGCAAUCUGAUUGCCGACGUCUCUGGCUACGUCAGUCCUGGUUCAAAGGUGGGCGAUGUUGUGCUUGUCAUCGCCUGGGAUUUAGAAUGCGUCGAAGCACUUGGCGGCAAGCCAGGAACACCCACCGUUUCCAUGCUCACGGCUCCUAGGAUGUCGCCGUCGCCAAUAGGUCACUACGCUCCGCUGCCUGCUAUGUCCCCGCAUCAUCAGUCAAUCAACAUGCAGCAUAUGCCAGCGCAACACAGACCCACCGCCAUGGUGCACACGAACAGUGGUCCAGUUCCCACACUCAUCCGCACCCAGGCAUCACCGCAGCCUCCUCAAGGUGCUCAGAGCUUUGGAUCGAUGCCACCGCCAUCCAUGCCCAUGAUGAGGUCUCUCAGCGGCGAGAAUUUCCACCAACAGCAGCAGCAGCAGCUAGGGCCAACGCUGCUGCGCAAGAGAGGUCUUUCCAUCAAUAAGCCUAACCUGCAGCUGAAUAUUCCUCCUGCUCCUUACCUCGGAGGCAACAUGGGCGCCGCCAUGCAACGCUCCUUUUCGUCGUCGUCCAGUCAGCCAAGUCCCGCCCUGAGCACUCACAACUCCAGCGCUUGGGGCGCGAUGCAGCAGAGGGCGAUGCUCACACCCAUCACGCCGUUCCCGCAAGUGGUGUCCACGCCUACUGAGCCUCCUCCGAUGCUCAAUCACGAUGAGACGAAAGCCCAGCGCGAUCGCCUUGCCAGGGCAUGGGCUGCACAAGCCCACGCAUCUGCGAAUGGCGGCAAUGGCAUGUUCACGCAAGACCUCAACUCGCCACUAGAUUUCAACUUUGCACCAAACGUUGGAAGCAACUUGCCCCAGAUGCCCACUUUCAGCACGCCGCAGCACCUUGGUGACGCCCAGCUCAGCCAAUCCCAGCAUUCUUUGGCCUCCAAUGCACUCGAUAUGUCUGGCCUUCCCGACUUUUCGUCGAACAGCGCGAUUGGUUUGUCAUUUGGUGAAAUGCACAACGGCAUGCUUCCCGCCCCAGUCGAGAUCAACAACAACGCCAUAUCGGGCAUGGCCUCUCCCGCUUUCGACGUGAUGAUGUCCCAGACGCCAGCAGCUGGCAGCAGCCCUUUGCCACCUGCUUCUGAUGGUGACGCGCUCGCUACGUCUUACUACAUCAACUCUUUACUGUCCUCUAUGGGCAUGGCACCCCUUCCCCAAGACUCUUCCGAGGGCGGGUCUCUCGAUGUGAGCCGUGGCAGCUAGGGAAUCUAGGCGCCGUGUCAUGUCAGUCUCGCGAGAUCUCUUCUCCAUGCUCCGGUCUCCUCUAUGUAGCCAAUCAUCCCUUCUGCCGUCGAUGUCUUGCCAGGACAUCGUGUAUACCCGUCUUCAUCCAGCCCUCAGUUCUCGCUUCCCGAUUCGGCAAUUGUCGCGGCUUGA